GAAUUUGACCGUUUAUUUUAUUUGAUCUCUUACCUAAAUACAUGUUGACCCAAAACCUCAUCUACGCCUCCACUUCCACUUCCACCUGCAACACUCUCUCUCUCUCUCUCUACAACUCAACAAUGGCAAUCUGCCACCACCACCACCACCACCACACAUUCCACACCCACCACGCCUUCCCACCCACCACCACCCCCACCCCCCACCUCCACCUCCGUCUACCCUCAUCUUUCCGCUGCAACCUCUCGGUCACUUCACCCCCGAAACUUGAACCCGAACCCGUUUACACCUCUGUCAAAUCCUUCGCCCCAGCCACCGUAGCCAACCUGGGUCCCGGCUUCGACUUUCUAGGCUGCGCCGUUGACGGAAUCGGAGACUUCGUCACCCUCAAAGUCGACCCGCAAACCCCACCUGGCGAAAUCUCAAUCUCCGACAUCACCGGAACAGGUAACUCCGCUAAAAAAUUAAGCAAAAACCCUAACUGGAAUUGUGCCGGAAUAGCCGCCAUUUCUGUUAUGAAGAUGCUCAAUAUUAGAUCUGUGGGUCUGUCUUUAGAACUAGAAAAAGGGUUACCGUUGGGUAGUGGUUUAGGGUCUAGCGCCGCCAGUGCAGCCGCUGCAGCCGUAGCUGUUAACGAAUUGUUUGGUGGGAAGUUGCCGGCAUCGGAGUUGGUGCUCGCCGGACUUGAAUCCGAGGCGAAAGUGUCGGGUUAUCAUGCUGAUAAUAUUGCUCCGGCUAUAAUGGGUGGGUUUGUGUUAGUAAGGAGCUAUGAUCCGUUGGAGUUGAUUUCUUUAAAGUUUCCAAAUGAUAAGAAUUUGUGUUUCGUGUUGGUGAAUCCCGAAUUCGAAGCGCCCACGAAGAAGAUGCGGGCGGCCUUGCCAACGGAGAUAUCAAUGUCGCAACAUAUAUGGAACAGUAGUCAGGCGGGUGCGUUGGUGGCGGCUGUGUUGCAGGGGGAUUUGGUUGGGUUGGGAAAGGCGUUGUCGAACGAUAAGAUUGUGGAGCCGAAGCGGGCGCCUUUGAUUCCGGGGAUGGAGGAGGUGAAGAGGGCUGCGUUGGAGGCGGGGGCGUUUGGGUGUACGAUUAGUGGGGCGGGGCCCACGGCAGUGGCGAUUGUGGAUGAUGAGGAGAAGGGGAGGGUGAUUGGGGAGAAGAUGGUGGAGGCGUUUAUGGUCGGUGGGAAUUUGAAAGCUCAGGCUAUGGUUAAGAAGUUGGAUAGAGUUGGUGCUAGGCUUGUUAGCAGCAGUUCAAGAUGAUUAUGAAUAUGAUUGUGUUUGGAUCUUGAAGAUGUUUGUGAUGGUGGGGUAAGGUUUUUUUUUUUUUUUUUUUUUUUUUUUUGAAGGUUUUUUGUUUUUGAAUAGAAUAAGUGUGACCAUUGUUAUGAAUUUUGGUCUGUUAAUUUGGUAAGACUAUGAAUGCAUUGAUGUCCUAUUUGAUUUCUUGGAUGAUUGUGAUGAUGGGGUAAGGUUUUUAAUCACUUUCUUGAAAUAAAAAUGUCAUCUUUGCAUUUGUCUUUA